AUGAGCAUGAGGGAUCAGUUAGCUGUAUCAGUUCUCUCGAAGAAAACAAAACGACUUAUUACAUCAGUUGUGAAUAAAAAUCAAGCCAUCGGUUAUGUAGAAAUGACAUCAUCAACAUCAAUUUUGUUAACACUUCGGAGCAGAUCGUUUACUUCUUCAAUCAAAUGUAGAAAUACGCGAAUAUUUAAACAACAGAUACAUAACUACAUACGUAGAUGUUCCAGGAUUUACUGAGAAACAAUGGUUCAAACAUAUUACUGAUGUUUUCUUCAGGAAUCCGUAUACAUUUUUGAAAAUCAGAUACUCAGCAGGAAGAAGUAUUGAAGAGGUAUUUGAAUAUACAAAGGAACUGCAAAUACAGGGUUUGAAAGUUGAGUACUCUUUAAUUCAAAACUGCGAGCUUCUCAAACUGUUCCCAUCACUAAUAUAUUUAACCGUUUAUGGCCAGGAUCCACUUCCAAAAUCUUUCCUCAAUCUGAGUUUAGAGGGUCUAGAACUUUAUUACAUUGAUGUGACACUCGACGAGCUUCUAGCUUUAAAUCACUCUGAAUUUGCUCUAAGCACUCAGAAUUGUUCCGAUAAUGAUAUAAACCUCUUCCUGAAACAUUGGAUAAGGGGAUCAAACCCAAACCUCAAAAGUCUCAAUUUAUAUACAUCGAAUGAGGAACAAGUGUUUAAUAGGGAUAUUUUCAAAGGUGUUGAUGGUAUUGAAAUGUUGAGAGAAAAAUUGGAACGAUUUUUUCCGACCAGACAAAUGUUCGAAGUCAGAAGACGUGAUGGAACGAAAGCAAUCUGCGAGGUUGACUCAUCAAAUCCGCUAUAUUUUUCUAUGCAAGUCUAUUGA